UGUGGUAGCGGCAGGCAGAGCAAACAAAGGGAGACCGGCGCAGGGAGAGCCGGUUUGGGGGCACGGAUUAGGGAGCCCAUCAGCUGUUGUCAGGCUGCCACGCCCCCUCUGUCCGUCUGUCUCUGAUCGAAGUGCUGCAGGACCUGGGUGGAGAUCCGGAUUUCGACCUCCCCGGGCCGUUGGGAGUAUGGCUGGCCAGCAUCUGCACUCCUCCGCCUGAGAAGUCUGUCUCUCUCCUUCCGUCCACUCCGACCCCCCCCUCACCCGGCUCCGCAGAGGGGGGGUUCGGGGCCGGGAGCCCGCGGAACAAAGGGAGCAGGAAGAGACACCAGAUGGAAAAAUAGAAAGGAAAAAAGCGAGCUGGGAAGCGGAGGAGCGCGGGUGGCAGCGGGAGGCGCCUGCGCCGCAGGGGCAGGAGGCUUGAAGAUGAGCUGCCCUGAGAUCCUGGGUUAGCCACGGGUGUUGAGCAGGGGCUCGGAAUGAUCCGCCUGGCCUUUUCCUAGCCCCCAGGGUGGGGGAGUGAGGCCAGCAUGAACCCCUCCGCCCUGAGCUGCUGGAUCAGCCUGGGUCUGCACUAGCCAGGGUGCUGCAGGGCUGGCUGACAGAGGGGCAAUCGGCUCGUUAGAAAGCUGCAGGGGCACAGCCACAUUCCCGAGGGCAUACAGCCCCUGGCAGGGGCUGCUGGCAUCCAGGACGGUCCUAUUGGGGCAUAGUUAGCUCAGUUCUGUCUGUCCCCCAUAGACAUUGUUUGGGAGCCUAGUAAAAGAGCCCCGUCCCGCACCCCAAAGAGUCAGGCUUUGGAAGGGGACAGAAAGGGAGAUUCCUGUAUAACCCCAAGUGGCCCAGACGCACCUCUGCCAUUGGCUGGGUUUAUCUCUCUAGGAGCUCUUUCUUUCUUUCUUUCCUUCCCCAUCUCCUGUCCAUGAUGAACGGUCUCCAGCCACCCCAGGACUGCCUGGGGGGCAAUGUAUGCUCCAUCGAAGGUCUCCCCCCACUUCCCAAGGGCCUCAGCGGGAUCCUUAACUCUAGUGGUGGCUCGUGGCGUGAGAUCGAGAAAGUGUACAGCAAGAAGACACGGAUCCAGGACGACCUGAGCAAGUCACGGGCGGCCUCUGAGAAGCUGCUGCGGAGCAAACCGGCCAAUCUGGACUCAGCGCUGGCCAUGCUGCGCAAGGAGAUGGUGGGCCUGCGCCAGCUGGACAUGUCCCUGCUGUGCCAGCUGUGGUCGCUGUACGAGUCGAUCCAGGAGUACAAGGGGCUGUUCCAGGACAUGUCGUCCUCCCUGCACUCCGAGGGCUCCUAUGCCGCUGAGAAUGGCUUCUCUGAUGAGGACGAUGAGUUUGAGGUGGAGCCGCCGGCCCCUGACGUGCGCAAGGAGACCCCACUGCUGGGCCGGCUCAGCCUGCCUCAGCCCCAGAACUCCCGUGACCAGUGGCUGCAGGACUCCUUCCACAUCACCAUCUGAACCCCGCAACCACCACAGCCUCACCACGUUUGGACGUAGUAGCGUGUGUAGCUGGGAGCUCCCUACAGCACCUCCUGUUGGGAGAGGCCAGGGCUGGAGUAGCCUGGCCCUCCCCCUGCAGCCAGGGCUCCUGCCCUCCUUCCUAUAGCGCCCUCUGCUGGGAGAGACCAGGGCUGGAGUAGCCUGGCCCUCCCCCUGUAGCCAGGGCUCCUGCCCUGCUCCCUACAGCGCCCUCUGCUGGGAGACACCAGGGCUGGAGUAGCCUGAUCCUUCCCCUGGAGCCAGCACACCUGCCCCGCUCCCUAUAGUGCCCCAUGCUGGGAGAGGCCAGGGCUACAGUAUCUGGGAGUUCCCUCUACAGUCAGCACAUCUGCCCCACUCCCUAUAGCGCCCCAUGUGGGGAGAGUCUGGGGCAGUGCAUUUUCCGGCAUUGCUGCGGGUAGGAUCAUGUUAGCAGUUUUUAGUGCCUCAGCCUGAGCCAAAAAUGACCACUUUUAAGAUAUUUUAAAAAAUAAAAUUUAAAAACAUGUGACACGUAGAGGGGGGAAACCCAAGCUCUCCUGAAGGGGGAGAGGUGAAAUGUAAUAUAUACAGUGUGUCAGGGCUCGAACCUCACCAGAGCUGUGAAAUAAAUCCUCAGAAACAGA